AAUUGUUAGUGAGAGUUUUAUUUAUUUAUUUUUCACAAUACGCAUUUCAUGAUAAGAGAAAAAAAUUCGAUUUGAUAAGAUCCACAAUAGCGAGAGAGUUAUAAUACAGUCUACAGUUGUCUUAGAAGCCCGUUAAACAAAACAAAAUGGGAGAAAGAAAAAUAUAAAAAAAAAGAGAGAGACUAACUGAAGAGUGAGUGAAAGAUGAAGUAGAAAGAGAGAAGGAAGCGACCUGACUCUCGUGUAGCGCAGACUUGCAGAGCAUUUUGAGCGUAGUGACGGAAACGUCGAGUCAUUGGUUGUCUUCCCAACGUUGAUUCUGUGAUUGGCCUUACGUUGUUUACGCGGGUGUAGCAGCUAAUGUGCCGGACUUAUCUUUGGAUGACUUUUACGUAAAGCAGAGUCUUGAAACAAAACGAGCUAUAUUAUUUUUUUCUAUUGAUGUUCACAAGAAUGAAGUAAAAAUGAGCUCGAAUUCUUUCAUGGACUCGUUUUUGGGGAGCAAGUACGCUAGUGAUGCCGUAUCAUCGGCUGCAGCUCUGCAGAGUUACGGGCAUCAUCCUCAGCAUAGAAUGUAUCCCUAUGGAUCACUUUCCCCACAGUCGUCUGUAGCGGUCAGCGGCACUCUUUACUACACCACGAAUUCGGAUCUGGCCAAGUCAUGCCGGUAUAACUCGACUGGCCAAACAAAUGGACUGGACAUUUCCGGCACAGGGUACGCUUUUAAUCUCCAAAACUGCGGCGUCUCCAGCUCUACAGCCGCUGCGGCUCAGGCCAUGAUGGGCCCGGCACAGUUUUUACCCCAUCCUGCAACUGAUCUGGCAUCUUCCCUCAGCCCCUGUUCCCAGCUAGGUUAUCGCCAACUGGACCCAAUACCUGAUGUCCCCCGUUACCCCUGGAUGACCAUUGCUGGAUGGACAGAACACUCACUUCAUGCUGGCUACAGAUCUUUAAGAAGUCCAAAUGGGUGUCCUAGACGCAGAGGGCGGCAAACAUAUACCAGAUUUCAAACUCUUGAACUGGAAAAAGAAUUUCACUUUAAUCAUUAUUUGACACGACGGCGGCGGAUUGAGAUAGCUCAUGCCCUGUGUCUGACAGAAAGACAAAUUAAAAUCUGGUUUCAGAAUCGUCGAAUGAAAUUGAAGAAAGAGCUGAGAGCUGUAAAGGAAAUAAACGAACAGGCUAGACUAGAAGCGAAACUAAAAGACCAAGAUGAUAGUAAGAGAAAAAACAGCACAAGCUCUAGUAGUACUGGAGACAAAAAAGAUUCUUCUUCGUCUUCAACUAUAUCUAAGGACCAUCAUCUAGACAAAGUUAAGCAUGAUGCAGACGAUGAUACUAGAGGAAGACGUGAAAGUCUUCAAGAUGAUGAUAAUGAUUCCAGAAAUUCCACCAACACUGACAUCAGUACUACAUCUGUUGGUGAUAUAGUCGAUACAAGUCCUGGAGUAGAUCGGUUGGUGGCUAGACCGCUGAUUCCUAGCUCUGAUGAAGCUAGUUUACCCUAAAGAAAACAAAAAUCCACCAUCUAGACCUCCAAAUCUGGAGAUCUAGUUUACUGAUUACCAAUAUACGACAAUACUGAAAUAAAUUCCUCUCUGUUGCUGCUAUUGCAUAAGAAAUACUUACUUUUUUAUUACUUAGUUCAAAUGGACUGAUUGAGAUGAUGCCAUUUCAGGGUUCCCACGUUGUUGCACAAACUAAUUUCUAACUUAGUUUUUAUAUGCUCAACCUAAUCUUUUAUUUGAUUUAUGCCUUACAAUAGCAUUGACCUCAGCACAAAGCAGUUAUCAACGCCUUUUCCGAUAUACGUAGUAGAAAGAAGAACAGUUAGAAUGCGGAAUGAUUAUCUUUCUUACAAAGUAACUACAAAUUGUGGCGUCUUAGAUUGCUUUCAUUAAAGGUCCAACUAUGUCAGCCUACCCUUUGUAAGCACAAUAUUAAAACUAUGACUUAAUGUGGGAAUCCUAUAUUCGUAUGUAAAAGAUAUCCAAUUCUUGAUGAAUCCCAAAACAUUUUUCAUUUCAUAAAAAGUUAUAUCAUUAGAAAUUUCAUGUUUAACCCCGAGUCUACGGUGGGUUACUACAAGAACAAACUCAUAACUUUUUGAAUGAUUUUGUAAUUGUGUCUUACCAUUGAGUGUUUCUAUACGUAUUUCAUCAUUUUCUACUUCAUGAGACGGAUUAUUUUUCUCACUUAUAGAACUCCAGAGAAUAAAUUGAAGAUACAGUUUUAUAGAUUUUAAAUAAUUCAAUGCUUGUUUAUUGUUAUCAUAUGAAGUAGUUUCAUAUUUAAUUGACUGUUUAGGUGUCUUUUUUAUCAAAGUUUGUUAGUUUAUUUAGAAAAUAUUUAUUUCAGUUUAUGUGAUUGCAAAGUAGAGAUUAACUAUUGUUUUCAAUAUGAUCAAUUGUGAAUUUCGUUAUUAAAUAUAAAGCUGUUCUUUACUUACCAAAAAAUUUUAUCUGCAUUUGCAGUUUAAGUUUUGAUAAAUUUUUUAUUUGUGAAAAUUAGCUUCAAUCAUUCUUCUCAAAACUUAAAAUGCAAUAAGCACAUGGUAAAUAACUAACUUCUUCUGCAAGGAACACAAUCUGUUCCUUCCAGAAGAAAUUAGCUACUUUAUUAAUUAGUUACCUAUGAAAAGAAUUAACUUACGCGAAAAAAAUUUUCAUUAAAAUUUAAUACUCAUUUUGGGAUAAUUUAAUUUGGACUGAAUAAAACGAACACCUAUAAGAGGGAAUUUUUUUUAUGGAAAUGUUUCUCUGUCAUUAAAAAGCGUUAUCUGAAAAUUGUUGUAAAUCAAAUAAACUAAUAAUUUUAUAAACCAUUACAGGUAAUCUAAGAGUAAUAACUGAAAAAAUAAUUUCAUUAGUUAAAAUGAUGAUUUUAUAAAAUGAUAAAGAUGUAGUAUAAAAUUUAAUUUAAACUUAAAAGCACAGAUUUGUUGUCACACUACAUAGGAACUGCAGUUAGAAAGCCUAUAGUAUGUCUGAAAUUAAAAAUCUAUUGAGGUUUUAAUAGCAUAUUUUAUUUGAAAAGAAACAAUUAUAUUAAAACUGUUAGUCUAAAAUACAUAAUUUUAAAUCUUAUUAUCUGAUUCUCCUAGUUUAUCAAUUAACUAUAUUACAAAUACUAUGAUUAAAAUAAGGAUUAACUACGUCAUUUCAUUACGUUAAAGCUUAUUUUCUCUUGAUCGCUUAUCGCAGUCGAAUUAGUUCGAUUUUAUCAUUUGUAUAACCGAACUAGCAUAGAGGAGAUGUAAUCGUAAGAGAAACUGCAGUGUUCUAUGAAUAAAGUCUUACAUUUCUAUCAAAUUUUUGAAUUAAUAUGCGAUAGGCCAAGCUGCCAACUUUUACCCUUUGGUGGUAGAUUUUUCCACUAGCCGCAAAGUGAAUGUAUUAUUAUUUGAUUCAAAAUAUUUCAGAUCACCAUGGAAAAUGAACCAUUGAAACAUGUUUAAGAAAAUGACAUUUUUGUAGUGAUAUUUUCAAGAGAUGGCAAGAUAAAAAACAAAUAAAGGAAGAAAAAACUGUUUUUUAUCGCUACCUCCGUAGAAAGUUUUCUUCAAAAAGCGUAAAAUUUGGCAGUUACACUGUAGAAUUCAAACAAUAUUAGUUUACACCUUCUUAUAUAAUGUUAUAUAUUUGAAUUUUUUGUUGAUUUUUAUUCGUAUCAAUUUUCAUUGAAUUAUUCAAUUGUUAAAUGCUUUUUUAACUGUUAAUAUAGAUUAGUAUUAAGUUUUUGUUGCCAUUUUUGAAUGUUGUUAAGUGUUAAAUAUUACAUUCAGUGAAACUGUGUUAAAUAUUUUUCUUCAUAUGAGUGCAAAAAUGUUUAAAUUGAGUUUUUGUUUUAGUAAACUGCAAUACAACGAUACAACUUAUUUAAUGUUUAACACUAGAUUUACCUCACAGAACAGUUACUUAGUUUCACGUGAAAUGAUGUUUUAAGAAUAUUCUAAAAACUAUAUAUGUUUUCACGAUGCUUAAAGUUUUUUGCUUAAAAAAAUUGCAAUAAUAGGACUUAAAUCAUGACCAAUAUUUCAAUUCACAACGAUUAAUUUAGUUAGCAAAAGUAGUAAUUCCUUAAAAAAACAAAGACUAUUUCAUGAUUUGAUUAGAUAAGAAAAUUUUCUUGAUUAUAACAAAAAAAAAAAUAUUUACAUUGCUUUUUUCCUUCCAUUUCUGGAAUUAAUGGAAAAAGAGUACGACCAUAUCUACUAAAUGCUUAGCAUUGUAAUUCAAUUUAAGAAAAAGCUAUUUUUUAAUAUUUUUUAAGAGUGGGUAACAAAAAUUUAAAGCAGCUGUCGAAAAGCUAGAAAUUAAAAAGAAAACUAUUCCAUUGUAAUACUCAUAUGAAUAGAUGAUUUCAUGCUUAUGUUACUUUUUAAGAAAAAAGAAAAUUCACUAUGCGUCUACUCCACAUUUAGAGUACAUUUUAAACACAAAAUGUACGAAAUGUAAAGAAACUUUUUGCAACAUCGUUGAAUAAAUAUGUCUUUAAGAUUGUUCGGAAUACAUAAUAAAUAUAUUAUAAGUA